GUGUGUUGUCAGUCUUGACAGUGGUUUUGACAGACAGUUUUACCCGCAAAUGCUGGUUACACGUUUGUUUGUUAUCCAAAAUAACUCAAUUUUGUAAACGUUUCAACCGCAAAAACUGGUGCAAAUUGUCGCCAGAGCUUCUACCCAAGGCAAUAGAAGGAAAAUCACCGGGAUGAUGUGGUGAAAACAGAAGAAAUAGCGUCCCACGGUUACGUCACUAGGCCAUUUUGUAUUCAGUGAAAUCUUUGUUCGCGAUCGUUGACGGAUUUUUCAUAGGUUUUUCGAAAACCUCGUUUUCUUUUUUAUACGGUGUUUAUAUAAAAAUCCAUCAAAAUUCCGGUGCCCACGAGAAAUAGGGAUCCCGGCCAUUACGGUAGCGGUGAUAGUAUGCAGAACAACAAGAGGAAAAAUCGGGGAGGCCCUGUAAGGACCCAACGGACAAGGUCUGUAGCGCCUGAAGGAGUGUAUAAUAAUGCACAUUUCAUGCAUGCAGCCACAAGUCAGGUUGGGAAUAUUGUACGUAUAAAAACUGCAUCAGGGUCAGUUUGGGAAGGUGUGUUUAAGACAUUUUCAAGCAGUUUUGAAGUAGUGCUAGAAGUAGCUGCGAAAAUAGACGAUGCAGACGGCCCUAACGCUCAGAUCCAGGCGGCCAGUUACGUUGACAAGCUCAUAUUCAAAGCAUGUGAUAUAUUGACUAUGGUGGCGAGGGACGUAGAUCUAGAAUAUCCCACCAGAGACACUUUUCAGACGGAUACUGCCAUUUCUGCACGACUAAACGGUAAUUCUAAGUUAGAAGAAAGGGAAUUGGAACCAUGGGAUCCUUCGGGAGCCGUUAAUGGUGUUGAUACAUCCCUCGAGUUGGAGCAAGCUAAUGGUUGGGACGCUAACGACAUGUUUCGGAAAAAUGAACAGGAAUAUGGGGUGCAGACUACAUACGACCAGUCACUUAGGGGAUAUACGGUACCACUGAAGCAAAGUGAUUCAGCCGACUACAAAGAAGCAGAAGCCAAAGCAAAUAUGAUAGCUAAUGAAAUUGAAAGUCAACCUCAGCACAAAGCUAGGUUGGAACUUGAAAAUGGUGAUGAGGAACAAGCUUUUGCAGCUGUUGUUAGGCCAACACAUGAAUCUAGUAGUAAUGGUAAAUAUAUUCCUCCCGCGAAACGGAAGAAUCAGAACAGCGGCAAACUUGUACGGAGCACCCCACCUCCAUCAUCAGUACCAUCCAGCCAAAGUACGAGCAGUGGAGGCAGCAGCAAUCAGAAUACUCCAUCGCCUAAAGAUACUCGGCCACCUCUAGGAAAUUACGCACCAUCCCCGCAGGUGGUGCACCCUGUACAACAGCAGCCACAUCAGAAUAGCAGCGUUGUGCACGUGCAACAGGCUCCGCAUCCGCAGCAGAUGCAUCACCACCCUGGCCAUCCGCAACAGCAGCAACCUCAUCCACCUCCACAACACCAACAACCACCGCCCCCGCAGCACCACCAUACUGGCCACCCGCCCCAGCAGAUCCCGCAUACCGGCCCGCCCCCGCAUCACCAACAGCCUUCGCAGCCGCCCCAUCAAGGCGUGGGCGGACCGCCGCCCGGUCAUGUCACCAGGCCGCAUUCGCAUACGCCUCCGCAUCAGUAUCAGCAACCGCCGCCCCCGAUACAGCAUACGCCGCCACCUCAGCCUCAGCAACAACAGCCGCCUCCGCAGAGGCAGCACCCUGGGAAGAUGCAGAUGAAUGGAGAGAACAAGCCGAUGCCUCCGCGACAACAGCGUUAUCAAGGUACUGGAGGCAGUCACAUCAAUCAAGCUCCGCCGUCGUAUCAGCAACAGCAGCAUGAGAAUAAGCAUCAACAUCAAUCGCCUCAGCCACAACUUCCACCGCAACAGGACAAUCAUCCAUCUGCACAGCAACAGCAAGCACCUCAGGCUCCGCCUCAAAACGUGCGUCACCAUCAACAACAUCAACAUCAUAGAGAUGAUACGAUGAAAGAUUUGCACGCCUUCGCGCAGGACUUCAAACUGACUUCUAGCGGGCAACUGCCUCCGCAGGCAGACCCGCAAACGCCUUCGCCGCCUCACACUCAGCAGCAUCCUCCGCAGGUGCCGCCUCCACAGCAGCAACCGAGUCCUCCCCAACAGCAAGUGCCUCCUCCGCAGCAUCACCAUCAGCCGCCACCACAAGUGUCGCAGAAUGUGGAACAAUCGCAACAACCUCCGAGCAUUCCUGUUUCGCAGCCUACAAAGCCGCCUCAACAAGCUUCUCCACCACAGCAGCCUCAGCAGUCCGUAUCACCACAACAGGAUAACAUAGACAAGGUGACUACUAAUUUCAAGAACUCGAAGCUGAAUCCGAAUGCUAAAGAGUUUGUGCUCAAUCCAGCUGCUAAGCCGUUCCAGCCAAGGUACGUUAAUAGACGGUCUCCAAGUACUCCGUCGGCAAGUAGGCCUCAUACUCCGCAGACGCCAAGUCACAGUCCGUACAUCCCUGCUACGGUGAGUGGACCAGGAGUUCAACCCCAAAUGCCGGUUAUGAUGCCCGUAUAUCACGUGAUGACCAGUCAGCCGCAGUAUCAACCGCCUCCGCAAGGCAAUCGAAUGAAGAGGAACUUCUCGUCAUUCUCGAUGCCGAUGGGCCAGAUGCGCACCGACAUGGCUUCACAGAUGCAAGUGGCUGCCGCGACUGGCCAGCCAUUGCUGGCGCCGGCUCCCAUCCAGCAGUUCAUCUAUCCGCCGUCUGCUGCCGCUGCGGCCGCAGCAAUGAACCCUGCGGCAUACCAGCCGAUGCACGCGGCUGUUCGCAUGUACGAAGCACAGGGACCUGCAGCUGCGGCCGUCGCCGCCGCGGCAGCCGCCGCCCAGAUACAGGAGGAACAUAACCACCAGCACAUACGCUUGUUCCAGUACCUGCCUCCGCAGCCUCAGCCAGGUCCUCCCGGCCCGCCUGGCCCUCCCGGACCACCUGGCCCCCCCGGACCCCACCAAUCGCAGACGCCUUCGCCCGCACAACCACCACCGCCACCACCUCAGUAUAACCACGCGGCAGCUGCAGCUGCGGCGGCCGCAGCUGCCGCUCAGCAAGCAGCGCAAGGAGGACCGCCUCAACCUCAGCAAUGUCAGGCACCCCCACCUCAGGGUCAUCACCAGUUUCCUCUAAUGUACCCUCUGAUCCCCGCCCAACCUCACAUGAUGCAGGCUGCGGGAGUGCAGUACCUGCAGGCGGCCGCAGCUGCGGGAGCAGGAUCGAUGCAGCCAGGUCAGCCUGGACCUCCAGGCCAUCCCCAGCACCCCAUGCAAGCUGGGGCGGUCCUCAUGCAUCCCGGAUCCGGCGCCGGAGCUCCACAUCCGCAACAGGGCAACCCUUAGCGCUAGGUAGGAGGAAAUUGGAAAUGUUUGUAGUGGAGUUGCUUUAGGCGGCGGAGCAGCGUCGACGUGCGGCCGCCGCCGGUCUCACUUACCACCAGCCAAUCAGAACGCGCCAACUGCAGCAGCUGCCGCCGCCGCCUCCACCGCCAUCACAACACCAACAACCCACCUACUACUCGCUGAUUUAUCGCGCAUCGUGAGUAUCGUCUAGAAAGUCGGAAACUGGAGGAGUUUGUCGAUGCCAAACAAUAGUGCGUUUCUAUCUCUUGGCUGAGAUUAUUGGUUUUCUGGGUCUGUCAUGGGAAAUAAGCUCUCAUUUACAUCUUUUGACAUACAUGCCAAUACAUAUAAGGUCUGAGACACCUAUAGUUGUAGCUGAAAUGCAUAAGGUGUGUAUUUAUCACAGAUAUGAGAAAAUACUUGACAUCUAUUAUCGACACCUUAUGUAACAUUAUACCGAUCUUCAGUUUUGCAGGUGAAACCUGUUUAUGGUACAGUUGAUAUUCGUUCAUCCUCCAAUAUGAAAUAGACAACAUGGGUCAAAAUGAAAUGUAUUUAUGAAUAUACCUUAUAUUCUGAUAUGAAUUGAUCAUACGUGAUAUUUUUACGAUAUUGAAGCUUAGUACAGUAGUUAUUAAAUGAAACAAAUCAAAGGCCAAAGGCAGAUGCAUUGUUUCUGAUAGCCUCCAAACCUAGCCGCAAAUGAAGAAAUAUAAUGUGUAAUGAUUGAUUAGCAAAAAGAUGUUGCAUAUGUACGUAGAAUUGCCAAUUUGUUCAAAAAUAAAACUUUUCCACAAUGGCUAAUCGAAAAGUUUUGUACCAAGCAUAGUAAGAAUAGUAAUCAGUUUAAACGAAUAUCUUACCAAUAUAACCUUUCUGAGCACUUUUCAUUAAACUGUACCCAGGAUACCGCAUGAGUAAAUAUUAAAGGUCUGUUAUAGCUGAUCGGAUAGUUUUUGACUUGAAUACUUAGAUUUUUAUACUGACUUCACCAUUGCUGUAUUGAUUAGUAAGUUUUGUGGUUAGAUUUACGGCUAUUGCGGUUUAAUCGCCAGCUGGACGUUCUAUUUAGCUAAUCGAGGAGAAAAUUUCUUGCUUCAAGAAUUCACAUCAUUAGACCAAAGAUGUAAUAGAAAAUCAAGUUCCGAGAAAUUGGAAUAAACAAUCAACAAAAAAAUGGAUAAUGUACACGUGAUGUUUGUGUCCUAUUCUUAAGUUUCUAAUUAACAUUAAUUUGACAGUUAAACAUACAGGCAGGACGUUUUGCCGAUUAUCUUUCAAAUAAAGCUGAUAUAAAAAUGGAGCUUGUUUGAGGUGACAGAUCAUCAGAAUGAGUUAUAGACUGAGCAUUUCGACAGGCCCCUCCCACUUUCGUGGGUAGGUAUGCGCGUAUGUUGCGAGUGUUGGAAGUAGUUUUUUAUUUAAUAUUCGAUGUAAUUUUUAAGUCGUUGUAUAUUUUUUCAAAUUGAUUGGUUGGUAUAUUUGUAUGAAGCGAUAUUUAUAUACAUGUUUUGGGCAAAAUUUAUUGCGCAGUUCAUUUAUAUUGGUUAAGGAUAGAAAGGUAUGUUCUAAUCAGGAUAGUUUAUUAGGAGAUUUGCGACCUGUGAUAAAAAUUGCAUAUACUUCUCAUCGGAUGAAUGAAUCCAAAGUUUUGGAUUUAAGUUGAAUCAAGAUUUUUCUCGAACAUUUAGACUGUGUACAUACAUAGUCUAAUCAAGUUCAGAUGCAUCGCUUCUAACCUAUUUCACAAUAUUUCGUGUAGUAAAAUUGAGAUAGAUGGAGUUAUUAUUCAUUCCUUUUAUAUACCACACUUAACGUCAGGAAAAAUUUACCAUCAAUUAUCUUAAUAAGUAAGUGUCGCGUUUGUUUGAUGGUUAUAAUGCUUUAUGAUGAAAAUUGGUAUACAGUGAACUAUCAUUUAUAAUGAACUUUGGUCAAUGCCCUUGCCAAGGUAACAUGAAAGUGAUCUCUGUUGUAACAACUAUAAUAAGGUGCUCAAACUGAUGUACAAAUAUCUUUUGUUAACGAUGCACUUUGAAAAAUGAUUUUAUUGCUAAUCUACUUUCAGCGUUGUUUCUGCUUCAAUAGUCUAUUGCGAUUUAAAUCACUCGAAAAGUCGCCUGCUUUUUUACCUUAUAAGUUCAUUUUAAAUUGCCCAGGAACACCAUUGUCGUUACCAAACAAUAAUACCUCAGGCGCCGCAAAGAUGGAAUGCGCUGGGUGGGUACUAUAGAGAUACAGAUCACCGACAUAAUGAAACUACUUUGGACUCACUAGAAACUUAUCCUGAAUGGAAAUACACAGGGUGAGUUUCUGGUGUGGGCUGUUACGUUAUUACGUCUGGUAUUUAAAAAAGUUAACUUCAAAAAUUGCAGCAAAUAAUAUUUUUAUCUCUACUGGGUGAUUCAUAGGUAUGUGGUCACCUCCAACAAUUUUUUUUUAAUGGAAAGACCUACAUUUUAUUACAGCUUUGGGUUGGUCUUUUAAACGAAGCAUUUUUAUGUUUUAUUAUCAAAUUGUUGAGAUAUUGGACAAUCUAUCGAACCAAAAAUAAUCAACUUUGAUAACUCACACCUCCGCAACUGUUAGAGUUUAAAAUUUUUCGUCAGAAAAAUUUUGUGAUUUCAUAUUCUCUCCUUAUCUUCUCACUUUUAAUGUUUUUCCAAAAAGAUUUCUCGACAUUUUCAAACGGAGCACCUGGUAUAUUUUCACAUUCUUUAAUUCCCAUUUUCACAAGCUUUCUUUAAUAUAAGGUUUGUGGCAGCUUAUAUGACUGGUUUGUGAGUUAUAGGAAUCCCUUUCGUAAAUCAGAUAAUUAAGCGAUGAAACUGAUUUUUUUUAAUUUUUUUGAUUUAAGUAUAAUCACAAUUUUAUAUUGUCAUUCUCAAAAUAACUUCCUUCUGAAGCCACGCAGCGCGGGAGACGGUUCUUCCAUUCGUUAGCGGUGCUGAAUCACCCUUAAGCGACAAUAUUUUCUAAAUCAGGUGCACACAACGUACAAUUUUUGUAUUCAGCUUGCUUAGAUACCGUGCGCAAUAACGUGGUUAUCAACCGAGCCCGCUCUAAUAACUCACCCUAUAGGUGUAUAUACAUUGGUUAUUCAUUUUUCACACAUUGUUUUUUUAUGAUUGAAUGGAUUGUAUAUAGUUAGUUCACUUAUCUUUAUACAGGUAAGUAUGAAUGAACGGAUAUGUAAAAAGUGAUUAUGUAAAUGAUAAUAGACAUGCUAUGCAUGUCUCGAAAGCAAGAGCGUAGUUGUAAUUAUUGUAAUUAUUGGGGGUAAGUAUUUAUGAAAAAUAGAACUGGUACGAGGCGUCUAUCGGUAAAAUUGUUAUGAGCAAAAGUGUUGUUCAUCACGGUUUCGAUUUCUAAAGUGAACUUUAGAUGCUCUGCAAAUUGUUCUGAAAUUAAUUUUCAUUAAGUUUGAGUGGUAUCAAAGCAAACUUUCCUUAUGCCAAAGUGAUUGCCGUAUAUUUUUGUAGCAUUGUUCUACUACAGCACUUUCUAAUUGUUGGUUCAAGCUUAUUUUGAGCUUUAUCCCAGAUUCCUGAACGUAUAGGUUUCAUAAAAAUAUUGACAAAGUUCUUUCUCAACUACAACCGAAAAUAUAUUUCUCUUCUUUUUGUCUAACAUUGUUUCUUCGUUAUUAUUUUAUCAGUAUGUAGCCUCAUAAUUUGAUCAUAACAUUGAUUAACCAAACACACUGAUAAUAAUGUUUUUAUAAAAAUUUUGUCGUUAUUUUACUUGUACAUAAAACUAAAAAACAUACUAAAGCUAUACUAGUUUAUCUUUUGGGAAUCUGGGCAUUGUAGUAUGAAAUUGGUUGUAUCAUUUUUUGUAUAUAUUUGGCUAUUAUUAAAUUUAUAUUUUUUGGUUAAUGCAUUGUUCAUCCCCGUUAAAUUAAAAAGUAUAUAGUCAGAUUUUGAUGAAAAUUCUUUGUAUUAUAUAUGUGAAAUGAAACAGAAAGUUUGGAACAUAUGUUGCCUUAAUAAUUUUGUAUAUAUAUAUAAAGUCCAAAUUACUACACAAAAAUGUCUGCUAUGACCACUAUCACAGAGGUCGAACUGUUUUUGUUACUACACAGUUUGAACUACUGUCUUGAAUUAUAAUGGAAUCAUAUAGGUUCUCUUUGCUUUUGGAUUCAUUUCACUCAAUCUGAAUUGUGUUUUUACAGUAUUGCAUUGAGACAGUUAGUGUAUGCCAUGAUCUAUCUAUAUACUUUUGUUAAUGAAUAAUAGCGCGCAUUAGUAGGUAUUUGGGCAAACUAAAUUGACUACAUAUUAUAUAUCAUAGGAGCCGGGAUAAUUCGCUUACUCAAUUUGUUUACCGACCAUUUCGCUACUUAAAUGAUUGCAAACUAAACUGCCUUCAGCUAUAAGAUACUAUGGAUUGGGAUACCAAAGAUUCACAGCUAAAUAAUACACCAUGUAUGCCUCUAACGUUUUCGCAGAAGUAGGAUUAUUGAAAUUCAUUUUUAUAAUAAUAUCUUCAUUGAUUUUUGUUUAUACAGUUUAUAAAUCUGAAUGCACUGAUUACUGACCAUUACACAAAAUAUCUUCUACUUGAAACUCGUUUUGACAAGACCUUUUGAAUACUAAACUAUAAUUUAGUUUGCCCAGAUGCUCGAUUAUAGCCAGUUAUUUAAUAAGUAUGAGUUAAAUUUAUAAAAAUAGUAAAACGAAAAAUGAAGAAAACAUCAUGGAGAGAUAUUUUUAAGUAUGUAUAUGUAAACAGUAAUUUUUUAAAAACUCCAACACUCGCAACCACUGGAACUUAUUGUAUGAUUACUUUUUCCCUCAAAAACUUGUUGUUUUUUUGUUAUAUUUUCUUAGUUUUGUUACUUGUUACACUAAAAAAAUCAGUAAUUGAUCAAUUUAUUCACACAUGCACAGAAACGCAGGUCACAAAGUACUCUUGAGCUAGUAUUCUUUUUAUGAAAUAAGUGUGAAACUGAUUAUUAUAUUAAUUUAUUAUUAUGAUAAUAGGUGUCUGUAUGGUUAGUUAUUUCUAUAAAGUUCAUUAUUCAGAUAAAAACAGAGUAAAAGCAUGGAAAUACUGAAACAGUCACAUCUUUUUCUAAAAUAAAAAUGCAAUCUCUUGCAUUAGCAUCGAUCAGUUUUAUAGAAAUGCCUGACUGUUUUAUAAGACCGAGAUCAUAUUUUGUGACCUUAGCUUGAAAGAAAUCUAAAUAUUUUGCCAUUAAUUCAACUCAUUCCAUUCCAUACAAUAUUAUAUGAAGUGUAUCACUUGAGAAUUGGAUUUGAAAAAUGCUACAUGUAAUAUGACUUUCUCGUCUUUUGUCUACAUGGAGCAGCUGAAUAAAGGAAAUAUUUUUUCAUUUUCUUGUUAGCCCCAUCAUUACUGCUGUAACAUUAUUAGGCCCAGUCAUUUCUGUGGGUUGCUCAAGGUCUCAACUAUAAAAAUCGAAAAAUACAUGUAAAAACAAAUAUAGUAGGAAAGCAUUGAACUAAUUUUCACAUACUUUUUUUAUGAAUAAAUUUCAAUUGAAUAAUAAGUGAGAGAGACAAAUUAGUUUCAGAAUAUACAUAAAUCUUUACAUUAUACUGUUUUGGUAGGAUAGUUAAAGUAGACAAUAUUAUUAUCUAAAUAUGAUUCCAUUGUUUCAAGUCCAAUUCUUGAGUAAGAAACCUUUAUUUUCGAUACCUUUUGGCAAAAACUUAUAACGGUAACGUUAUGUUUUUUCUCAUAGUAAAUUUAUAGUAUUAUGGGACACUUGCAGGUCUUGGUCCCGAAUUUUGCAGUUUUUUACCCCAGGAACGGUAUACAACUAUGUUCAUCGAUGCGAAUAGUUUAUUGUUGGUUGUGAAUUUGCUGUUUUAGAUGGUCCAGGAAUAAUUGAAAAAGUGAUCAGGUUCUGUAUCUUGUAGUCGAUACGAGUAGUCAAAAACUCAAACCUCUCAAUAUGCGCUAAAACCAUAUCAUUAUUGAUGUAAGAAGUGAAGAGCUAUAAAGAGAAAAUAAUAAAUUACCUCAUUGUUGGAACGACUGACAAGUGUGAAGCCUAAAAACUCACUAAUGUAUUACAUCGUAAAGAUCCUUUCUUGACCUUCUUGAACCCUCUAAAUGCAAAUUUUCAUUGAUCAACUUUCGCUUUCGUGAAAAUCCACCUUCCUGAAAAUUCUUAAUUUUUACAUUGGGGCACCACUUGAGUUACAUGCCUAUUAGUAUAUGUUUACAGUUAGGCAGAAGGGGUGCUUUUCAUAGAUACUAAGGUGCCUUACGAGUUUGUGUGGACGGCAAAUGAAAAUUCAUCCAUCAUUCAAUCAAUGGGAGAGUCUAACAGGUCCAUUCGAUUUACAUGAUGAGUCAUAAUAAAGUUCGCGUACGGUUGUUAAAUAAAAUAAAAUAGCUGACGAUAUUCGGUUUAUUCAAUUCGUCUAUUUUGUAAUAUUCAGUUGAUAAAGUCAGAAAAUAACAUACUUUCUAAACAUAAAAAGGAACACGGCUAAAUAGGAGUUUAGUUCAUGUAAAUUUUGCGUCUAAUGUCAUAUAGCAUGGCGAGUAUUUAGUACCACCCUGAGUGACAAUGGGGCGCCUAUGUGGUGGGCAUUUCCUGUUUGGCUUCAUAGGAGCAAACGCUGUCGUGCAGAAAUACCGGGAGAUUGUAGUUUCCUGCUGUUAACGUGAGGGUUUGCAGUACCGCGAUUGGCGAAACUAUCCAUUGGUGGCGUCACCAAUUAAAAUACACCAUUGGAGAAUAUGACCUCAGGACCCCACAUAACACCGGUUCGCUACAAGGUAGUACAGAUCAAGAAUUGAAAAUAUAUGUUACAUCUACACCGUGUCUUGAAAGUGGUGAUCUUCUUUUUCAGAAUCAAAUAUGUUUGCAGUACAAAAGCUGCUGUGCGGCAAAACAACACCGAAGAGAAAAAAGAAAUUGAAAUACUCACUAUUCGUUUGGUAAGGAAUUUCAAGUACUACCCUGUCACAUGUUUUCUUUAUAAACACUGCUUAAAAUUGCCGCUGUUCGAUUCAAGAAGACAAGUUUGUUUACCGCUUCCUAAAUGUGCAUAUUUGGCGCUGUCUAGGUUUUCAACUGUGUUCAAUCAGUCGGCUUUCCACGAUAUAAACAAACAUAUGCAGCUCUGAUGAAAUGAAACACCGAGGACGACGGCGACGUUCUGAAUUAACUCGCGGAAUAUCUAUAGAAUCUUGAAGAUGCUCAUAUCAAAUCGAUAACUACGUUAUUGCUCUAGGAAUGCGCCAGUCUUGGUUUUUAAAGUGUGGUUUGUUUGUAAAUUAGGUUAACCUAGACACCACGCGCUGCCUGUUACUGGUUUAUUUAUUGCUUUUCGGACCCUAAUAUCUCGGUUAUCUUAAAGUUUUAGUGUAUGUUACUAAAACACGCUUAUUAUUACCUAACCUAUACGUUCUGUAAAGGAAAGUCCCAGCUUUGAGGACAACCUGUAUACAUGUCCGUGGUUUGACGGAAUAGAGAAAAUUAGUGAAAUCAGUCUGUGUAUCUAAUGUUUAGUUCCCUAGUGUUGGAUUAAACUUGUGCUUGAGGUGAAAUCAUAUAGCAGAGUAAAUUAAAUGAAAAGAUACCAAGUAACACUAACUGUGCUGAGAAUUUAUUAAGUGAAGAUCUCUCUUAGAACAAAAUAAAAUCAUAAAAAGCAUAUUCUUAUUGCUCUUCAUAAAUACAUAAUGACUACAGGUAGUUAUUUUAACAAAGAUUAUUUCUAUUUCGAUUGAUCUUGUGAAUAUAAGAAAAAUUGGUUCCCGCGUAAUUUGACACUACAAUUCAAAUUCAUUGACAUGUUCCGAGUUAGUUUUUUUUAGUAUAAGCUCAUCGGUAUUGAUUAUGUAUGUUGCAAGAAUUUAAAAACCGUAAAAAUUGUGAAUUUCAGAUAACUCUCCCAACUUUUUGAUUUAUGAAUGGAUUUUCUUUUGCAGUUUACAUUCUUAUCGAUUUUUUUCUGUGAAAUAAAGAAGUGUAGAAACAUUUGGCACCUGGAGAAAUUUCUUUUCUCGUAGCAAGCUUGACAUUUUCUAAAGUCUCUUCAUCUCUAUUGAUUUGGGACGUCUUUAAUGGAAAUGAGGCACGAGAAAGAUAUUUUUUUUGUUAAUAUUUUCAUUUAGAAAUAUUUUUAUUUAGGACUGAUUUCGGAAACAAAAUGUCAAAAUUAUAGUUGAAAAUGUUAUCUCAUUGUUUUUUUUUUCACAAAUAAAGUCUUUUGAUUUUAUUUGUAAAA